AUGAUUGGCAUACGGGUCUUUGCCCACUGCCAAGUCUUGGCAGAAGUUGAUCUAUCUGCAACGGCCAUCAAGGAGAUUCCCAUGUGUGCGUUCGAAGCUUGUUCCUCCUUGCAAACAGUGAGCCUACCAAGGUCAUUGGAGCGUAUUGGUCACGCUUCAUUUAUGGAAUGCACCGAUUUGGUUACAAUCAUUGUACCCCUGGAUUCGAAGCAACCAAUCGAGAUUGAAGAAACAUCCUUCCAAUUCUGCAGAUCUCUUGCAAACCUUGUGCUCCCACGAGGGUCCACCAAAGUCAGCAUGGCAAGGUAUAACGCGUCACCUGGUCCUCCACUAUUACAAGAUCGCUUUGGUGAAGAUAUGGAUAGUGUUAUCGCAGGAUUAAUAUCCCGGUUCGAUGACUACCCACUUCACAAGUGUUGUUACGACCAUUCCUCAACAACCACUACUGCUCAGGAGCUCCGACUUUUGAUCGGCAAAGACCAAGGUGCUAUGGAAGCAUCAUCACUUGUGGAUGCUUUUGGAAUGACACCAUUUCACAUUCUCUUUUCCACCAUUAGUCCAAGGCGAGAUCUGCUUCAAGUCCUUCUAGACAAGUUGCCAUGCAGUGGUAUCAUUCUAGACUGGAAGGAUGCCAAUGGCAAACUGGCGGUGGACUACCUAUUAUUGAGUAACUUUUGGAAUUCAGAUGACAACAAGAUGAUACUAUUUCAAAUGACGAUUCAAGCAUGGAUGGUGGAUCGAUUGGAGCGCUGGGGUGCGACCGUUUGGCGAAGUAGAAUGAUUUCCCUCAUUGACAAUCUUCUAGUAGUACUACUACUACCAGCGGAAGAUCAUGACAAGGAACGUAGAAUGACUGCUUUCAGGGAGACAUUAUGGUCCACCUGGAAACGGUAUGAAGCUGUGGAAAGCACAUCCAUAUUGGAGAAGGCCUUGUGGAAACGAACACUGAAAUCUAAAUGGAACAAUGAUAAUGCUUUGGAUCGAAACGGUUACCGAGUUAUCUGUGGAGCUGGCUUUGUAAUUCCAAAGGUAUUGCAGUUCUUGGACACUCCUAUUGGUUCGUCCCGACGCAUGCAGUAG